AUGGCCAUCUCCUCCUUCUUCUCCAUCCUCUUCAUCCUCUCCAUCCUUCCAUCCCUCCUCGCCAGCCCCCUCGUUACCCGCACCGACUAUCCCGACGAAGUAGUUGUGUUAGCCGAAUGCGACGGCCCGCCCAACGACGACUUGGGAACCAAGGACCGCCUCCACUACUUCAAAGAUGACUACGAUCGCCGCAAGGGAAGGGGCAGCACCGACACCGUCACCAACAUUUACGAUCCAUUCAAUCACGACGGCUUCCAAUACCACGUCGCGUGGACAGCCGCAAAGGAGUCUGACCCCAUACGGGGCACGUUCCCGGCCGACGGCCGGACGUUCAAAGUCUGGGGACUCUCUGAUGGCAGCGCCCCUGACAUGCCCGUCUCCGGAACAGCUGAUUUUGGCGGGGCAGAGUUCAAGUGCUAUCAAGGCGUGAAAGGGACCUGGGGAACAUAUGAUAAUUGCACCUGUUGGGCGGCUUUCACUUGUACCCGAGCGGAUCGAUAUAUCCGUGCUACAAGCGUGACCUUCGAUAACAAGGUCGCACAAGUUGGUCGAGUCAAAGCCAGCUGUAACAAUCCCACCUCGGCACCUUACAACGCAAAGGAUGUCUUUGCCCAGCUGAAGGAUAUGGCGAGCCACAGCUGGGAUGCCAACAACGGGAUCGGCAUUGGUGGGAACUGCAAAAUGGUGUUUCCCUCUCUCCUUUUUCCGUCAUCCAGCAGCCUUCCCGGCUAUGACUCCACCACGCCCGAGAAGAUAGCCCAGAUCUUUGUCGAUGCCGUGGGUGCGGAGAUCGAGAAGUUGCGGACCACUGAUGACACAAACUGUUACAUUCCUGGUUCGGAAUUCGGAGGCGGGAGUUACUACCAUGUUCACCAGGAGGGAUUGGUGUAUCCGCAUGGUGGGAAGUUUGAAAUCCAGAUGGCGAAACAGAGUGAUCCCAAGAGUCUGCAGAUUCAGACGAGGGUGGAGUUUAGGAUUGACUGCAGUUGCAAGAGUGAUAAUGGGUUGAUUGCGGUUCUCCAGAGCUCGCUGGGCUUAGUUCGAUGGGUAAAUCCGGCCUUUGGAGUGACCGCUGCUACCUUGGGGUUGUAUAACGCUGCUACCUGUUAGAUGGGGUUUACCGCUGCUGGAGAGGCGUGGAUUCGUAACUGCCUC